AUGCGGCAACUCAAAGUUUUGGACCUGAGAAUCACGGAAUACAUCUCAUUACUGCCGUCAUCACUGCAAUUCUUGAGCAACCUGUUGACAUUGCAUCUUGAUUACUGUCAGAAGUUCGAUAAUAUAUCUAUAAUUGGAAAGCUAUUGAAUCUGGAAAUCCUCAGCUUUCGUGAAUCCAAAAUUGAGGAUUUACCUGAGGAAAUAGGAGGAUUGGUUAAUUUAAAGUUGUUAGAUCUGACAGAAUGUUGUAAACUUAAAAGAAUAGCACCUGGUGUCAUAUCAGUCCUAGUCCAAUUACAAGAGUUGUACAUGGAUGGCCGCGAAAUCAUUUGGGAACGAGAAGGUUAUGAUUCCAACACCAUUUAUAUUGAAGAAUACAAAAAAAGGUUCCGAAAGCUUUUGAGUCUCAAUCUUUAUGACACGUGUACUAUCCUGUCAGAAUGUGGUUCGAUCAUUUCGUUGUUAAGGAGUAGUGCAGUUCUAGAGUUAAUGGGGAAGGGUUCGGAGGAUGCAGUGCAAGAGUUGUUUCGAGAUCGAGAGGGAGUUGAAGGAUGCCAACACUUGAAGGAACUAGUAAUUGGAGAUUGUGCUACACCAGAAUGUCUUGUCAAUACAAUGGAAUGCGUUCCGCGUACACCUAAUGCUAUUCCUUCUAUUUUUCCUAUCCUGGAGUCAUUAGAGCUCUGUUAUCUACCCAAUUUAAGAAAGAUAUGUCACUGCCAACUCCCAACCUACUCUUUUGGAAAACUAAAACGUCUUGCAAUAUAUGAUUGUGAUAGAAUGGAAGAAGUUAUUUGGAAGGAAAAAGGAGAAGAUGAUUCAACAAACAAGAUGGAGUUUCCAGCGUUAGAAUCCAUGACUUUGUGGGGUCUACCAAUGCUCAUUGGUUUUUGCAGAGGGACUGACGAGAUUGAGUUCUCUCAAUUGAAGAAAUUGUGUCUACAGAAACUACCACAACUCAAGUGGCUCUUCCUCAAUAGCAGUUAUCCGUUUUCAGAGUCAAUGGAAAACCACAAUACUACCUUCCGAUCUCUUUUCCCCCACAAGGUAUGUGCACAUGUCUUUCUUUUCUAUACGAAAAAGUAA